AAACAUCUAGCGCAAAAGUCUGACGUAGAUUUAACUUUCACAAAUUACAAAUAAUUGGGCGGUCAGUACCUAACAACUGACUGACUGAGCAACCAAAAAUUUAUUAGGACUUUAAGAGCAAGUUCGAAUUAAUAUUAAAAUGUUGAAAUCUGAAUACAAAGCAUAGUGCGAGCUAGAGGGUCGAGAAUCGUUAGGAAACGUGGGUGGGGCACUUAUAAUAAAAAGAAGAGGGCGCGAUGAGAGCGCAAAAGGCAAAAUCAAGCAUUUGUCGGGCCUCAUCACUCCUGUCCAUACACACACAAACUAUCCCUAACCUACCUUUUAGUAUUAUUAUAUAAGGUUAAUCAUAUAGUAAAGAUAAAAAUGUUUAACGUCUGUUAUGUCCACAUUAUUAUUAAAUCAAUGAAUCUAACUCUUCGUAGUUCAUAAACCAAAGUUCACAAUGUAGAUAGCUUUAUAUUGAACCACCACCUUUAACAAAAGUUCUCAAUAAGUGACAACUGUGAUAAAAGACUAGGAGGAAGUAACUCAUAUUUAAUUCAACAUUUCAUUUUAUUUUUAAGUAAUUCAUUAAUGAUUUAGGCCCCUGUGCUAAUGUGACUCACAUGGAAAUGUCUUCAAUAAAACUCCAAAUCGUUUUCUCCUGGCCAAUCUAUUAAAUUAUAAAUAUAACACCUCUUAUCUUAUUAUUCUUGUAUACCACCGACUUAUUAACCGGACCGUGCAAACAUCGUUGUACAUGAUUCAUGUAAAAAACGUUUAUUGUGGCGUCUUUGAGAAACUUUGUAAACAUAUACUUAACCUCAUAUUUUGGUUGUAGCAACUACCAUGAACAUCUUCCCUUCUUGCAAUACAUAGCUCAAUAAAACUUAUUAUACUGUACGUGACACAUAUAUAUCAUACAACCAUAUACGUGCGUAAACAUGAGCCGUACAUAGUCAAGCAUAGCAAACUGUGUGGCCGAUUGGAGCCUAAAAAGUAAUAAUACAGAGAGAUGACUUGGAUCUGUUUGGUAAAUCCUACAUAGGGCAAGAGAGACUAACCAUCCCAUGUGUUUAAGCAUUGUAGAAUAAGAGUAAUAUAACCUCUGCAUACAUUUGCGUUGGAGCCACGCUAUUUUUUAAAUUUUACCCGGAAUGGUAAAAGAAUCCAGGGACAUCUGCUCCAAACGGUGUCGUUUUGCAGAAACGUUCUCCUUUCAGCUUGGCCUUGCUGCUCUCGCCACAGAUUUGUGACAUUUUUCAAAAAGAAAAAUAACGAAUAGUGAACAUAUAAGACUUUUCAAAGCGUUACGCGUGAUUUGGUCUUUUAUGUGAAAAAGGCAAGUCGUUGUCGUCUUCUUCUUCCUCAAACUCAGAAUCGAAAUGGGAAACUGUAUCUCGCCUUUCACCGGAGGACUUGCUACAACGUCAGGUGUGAAAGUCUUCACCAUCGCGGAGCUGAAGAAAGCGACCAAGGUUUUUGGAGAUCAGGAUAUGAUAAUAGAAGAGAGCUUCGGAGGAGUAGUAAGGGGAUACAUCGAUCCCAAGACUUUAUCUCCUUCCAAGGAAGGGCUUGGCAUAGCCGUCGUCGUUAAGAUGUGCGUCUUGCGAAACGGAUACGCUUUGAAAGAGUGGCUUGUUGUUGAUUUUGACUUUCUACGGCUCAACUCUCAUCCAUGUUUAGUGAGGCUCAUUGGCUACGGUUCGAAUCGCGAUUACUUAUUCCUAGUUUCUGAAUAUUUUCCAAACGGAAGCUUAGAGCGUCACAUCUAUAGAGAGAGUCGUUCAAAGUCAUUGCCGUGGGAGAUUAGGCUUAAGGUUUCCAUAGGCGCGGCUCAGGGUCUCGCCUUCUUGCACUCUAGGAAGAGCACCGGCCUCUACCGUGGAAAUCUCACAGCUUCAAAAAUCCUGCUCGACCCGGUAUGCAUUCGCCUGACUUUUUCUUGAAUUACUUGCUCAUUGCCUUAAAAGUUGCAUGUGUGGGAUGUGUAGGACUUGAAAAGCUAGACGCUGCUCUCAGUGAACGGUCGCAUAUUCCCACGAACAAAAAUAAACCAGCUAGAUUUCACUAUGCACCUCCCGAAUACAUUUUCUCAGGCAACAAUCCUCUGCUUCUUUAUCCUCUAGAAAGUUACACUAACUUUUAACAUUUUGCAAUUACUAACUGCAGGAACGAUCCACAUACCACAUGGCGGGGGAUGUGUACAGUUUUGGUGUUAUACUACUCGAGAUCUUAACUGGUCUCGAUAAUCGGCGCAUAAUCCUAGCUAUGCCAUACGAGAUGACAAGGACAACAUUCCAGAGAUGAUUAAUCCAGAUUUAGAGAAUAGCUAUCCUCUUGAAGAUGGGGUGCGUAUGUGCGAGAUUAUAAAACAAUGCCUAGCAGAAGACCCUAAGAAACGACCAUCCAUGCAACAAGUGCUAGAUCAUUUGAAUGCUAUAGCCAAGAUAUGAGGAGAAAAACUAAUGUAUAAAUUAUAAUUGCUGUAAACACAUUCUCCACUGUAAUGUAGACCAACUUCUAAAAAUAAAACUAAUGUUUAUAAUGUUCAUUAACGAUUUAGGUU